AUGUCGUGGCUCCUGGUCACUGCUGCUGGCGGCGCAGCCAUCGCAGGAGUCACUCUGCUAGCUGCCAUUUACCUCCUCUACUUCCUCCUCGGCCGCGGACGAGGCAAAUUGCGUGUCCAACUCCUCAUCGGCAUCGUGACUAGCGAUAUUGUCAUUGGUCUCGUCGCGCUGCCUGCCGAGGCAAUGUUUGUGGCUGGUGUCCCCAUUCAGACGGGCACGCGAGGGUGCGAUGCCCAGGCCUGGGUCUAUACUACUACUCUGUUCAGUCAAAACUUGUGGACGCUGGCGGUGGCGGUCGCUACCUUUAUGCUUUUGAAACACCCUCUUCACCCAAUGACCACAGCCAUGGAACGCUGGUCUUGGCUCUCGUGGCCUAUCGUAUGGGGUGUGUCGAUUCUUCACUCGGGGAUAUGGUACGCCACCAUCGGGUUCGCCAACACUGGAAGUCUGUGCUACUACGGGUCAACCAGCAGCCACCCGGGGCUAGACCGUGACCUGGUCCAAUUUGUGCCCCGCGCAGCUGUGUUUAUCGUCAUUGUCAUCCUCUACUCGAGCCUAUUCUCCUUUUUGCGACGGCCAGACACCAUCCAGCUCUCGUCACAGUUGGGUGGGAGCAGUGCUCACGGCCAGUCGAGGAUCAGCUUUGCCAAGCUCGCACGCGCUCCCGCAGCCUUGUCAUGCGUCCGCUCCCCAGAGAUGCCAGAACACAAUCCCCAGGCCCCUUGGGAAGAUCUCUCGUUCUGCAAUAUUGCCCAGUACGCUGCGCAGAGUACCAGUGAAGGAAGCGCGGUGGUCCACUCGCCCAUUCGCAGUGUCCCAACCACAGAACCCACUACACCUACGACCAUGGUCGGCCACAACUACAUGUCGGACAAGUACUCGCCCACGAAGAGUUACGACCGCAAAGGGUCUGUGCCCAUCAGUGUCAUUUCCGAGUUGCCACGACCCGUUUCGGCUGUCACCUCAAUACACUGCCCAACACACUCGAUUGGGAAUUCCACAGCCUUCAAUGGCGACUUCAGUAUCAGUGGGCACGGCGCCGACGUCGAGGCUGGAGGAGAAGAAACUGGGCCAUCUCUGAAGGAGUUUUUCCUCGAGAACCAAGUGACCACAGAUACCCCUGUCCCCACACGACAAAUGUCUGCUACAGCAUACUUUAACAGGCAGGCAAGCUUGCUCAUGUUGUGGUUCCCCCUUGCGUAUAUGCUCGUGUUCUCAGUGUCGCUUGUGCGGUUGGUUGUGGACAUGGUGCGCAAGGGAUCGUCUCCGUUCCUCUCGCUCCUGUCAUCGUGGAUGGUGCUCUCCGUCGGCAUCAUUGACGCGGUCGUCUUUGGAGUUGCCGAGGCGUACGUGAGGAGAAAGGUCAGGAGACAGAUGCCCGACAGGAUGGGUUAG